AUGCCCACCACAAGGUCCACAGCAAAAUCCGAAGAGGGCACGCCGAAAAAGAUUCGCCCUGUCAAGAAUAUGACUGUCGAAGAGCGGGACACUGCAAUUACAAUGUUGAGCGAGGGCUGCAGUAAUGCUGAAGUUGCAGCGCACUUCAAUCGCGAUCCUGCGACUAUCCGGAAACUGUACAAGAAAUAUUCCAGCACCAACUCGACAAAGGACAAACCUCGCAGUGGUCGCCCAAAGGCAUUGUCACGUCAACAGGAGAAGCUCUUAUAUCGUGCAGUUCGCCGUUCAGGGCCAAAGCUCACAAACAAGGAGCUCACCGAGGCUGCAACCGUGGUGCAGUUUGAUGGGACUACUUUGAAGCCGCCUUCCAUAAAAACAUUGUAUAGGGCGCUCCGCAAUCGAAACUUGGUGUCCCCGCGCUGCAGGAAGUGA